AUGUUGUGUGUCCCCAUCCUUGUCCUGGCGGUGGCCACGGGGCCGUUCCGAGCUGGGGCUGUUCAUGAAGCCUGCAGGACAGCAGAGGUGGCCAAUGUUCUGUUCCUGGUGGGGCAGACGGACGGUGCAGGGAAGGAGAGCUCCCGGCUGCUCCAGGAUUUCAUCGGGAGCGUGGCCAGAUCCUUCGAGAACACGGAGACGGGAAGAGGAGGCAUCCGGCUGGGCCUGGCUCUGUAUGGGGAGACACCAAGGAUGAGAGUUGAGCUCACGGACUACGCAACCAUCAAAGGAAUGCUGGAUGCAGUUCAGGAUCUCUCCUUCAAAGGCAGCAGCCUCCAAACAGGCUCAGCCCUGGCUUUUGCGGCUCAGGCCUUGUCCCACCAGGACACCCUGAGAGAGGAGGCAGCAAAGGUGGUGAUUCUGAUCACGGAUGGGAAAUCCAGUGAUUCCGUGGAAGAGGGAGCCCGUAUCCUGCAGGAUCAGGGGGUGACAGUGUUUGCUGUGGGGAUUAAGGAUGCUGACAAGAACGAGCUGGGCAGGAUUGCUUCAGAUCCCGCUGCGGAGCACGUGCUUUACGUGGAGGAUUUCCAUCUGCUCCCAAAUGUGGCUCCCAAACUGUCUCGGAGGCUCUGCUUCACCGCCUCGGAGCCACCACGUCCUGUCAAGCAGAGGGUGCAAGAUGAGCAGAUCCUGGGCCCUCGGGAUCUGCGUGUCAGCGAGCACAGCCACAGCUCCCUGAGGCUCUCAUGGGUGGCAGCCACGGGCAGGGUGACAGGGUACCGUGUCCAUGUCCACCCCUCGCUGCCACCGGGGCAGCCGGAGCCAGAGCACCAGCAGCAGAUGGAGGUGGAUGGGGACACAACCACGGUGCUGGUGACAGAUCUGAAGCCCAGCACCAAAUACGUGCUGACGGUGAGGGCCAGCUAUGGAGGGGCCCUCGGGGAGCCUGCAGCCAUCAAAGGGAAAACAACUCCUGUGCCUCCAGUCACCAAUUUCCGGGUGAUAGAAGAAGGACUUUUCAGCCUGAAGGUGGCUUGGACACCUCCCCUGGGAAAACUGGAGGGCUACAAGAUCUACAUCCCCAGGGCCAACAAGCCCGGCAUGACCCUUGAGCAGAUCCUGCGGGGCGAUGUCUCUUCCCACCUGCUGGAAAACUUGCAGGAGGACAGGGAAUACAGCAUCAGCAUCUACGCCGUGUAUCCUGAGGGCCCGAGCCAGCCCGUGGCUGCUCUGGGGAGGACACUGAAGCUCCUGCCUGUGGAAAACCUCUUGCUGCAGAACGAGACCACGGACACGCUCCAGGCCCGGUGGAGCCCUGUCCGGGGAGCAACGGGAUACAGGCUCACCUGGACAUCAGCAGAGGGCAGCAUCCAGGACGUGACCCUCGGCAGCUCCUACAGCUACUACAUGAUCCAGGGGCUGGAGCCGGGCACGGAGCACACAGUGACCAUCAACCCCGUCUUUGGGGACAUCGAGGGACCGGUGGUGACUGGCAAAGCCACCACGGUGGCAUCCAGCACUGUCCAGAUGCUGAAAGUGAGCGAGAUUUCCAUCAACAGCCUCCUGGUAUCCUGGGAUUCGGUCACGGGAGCCACCGGGUACAGGGUGGCCUGGGGUCCGACACCAGAAUUCUUUGGCAAGGACCGUCCCCGUCACCUGGCCCUCAGCAAGUCGGUGACGUCCCACCAGCUCCGCAGCCUGGCCCCUGACACCGAGUACGUGAUUUCUCUGUCCGUGCUCUUCGGCUCCGGGGAGGGCCCCGGGAUCACCACCUCGGCCAGGACGGCUCCUCUGGGAUCUGUCUCCAACUUCAAGGUGAUGUCCCACACCAGCACCAGCCUGUCCUUGGCCUGGAGCGCCACAGCCGCUGCCACCAAAUUCAAACUCACCUGGAGCCCCAUGGGAGCAGGCAAAGGAAAACAGGUUGCCAGGACUCGCUACCUGGGCAGCAGAGUGUUGGCUCAUCGGAUUGAGCACCUGGUGCCCAACACCCUGUACAGGGUCGGUGUCCGGGCUGUGUUCAGCAGGACCGAGGGGCCAGAGGUGGUCCUGACUCACCACACAGCUCCUUCUGGAGAUUCCAACCCCACCCUGACCAUCCAGGACCUGAGGGUUACUGACACCGGUGUAAACACUUUGAAGCUGGCUUGGAAAAAGCUUCCUGGGAUAAGUCACUACAAGGUAUCCUGGGAGCCAUCCAAUGGCGACUCGGAAUCCUCCCAGCUGGUCCCAGCGGAUGCCGCUUCCUUUGCCAUUCCCAAACUGAAGGACAACACCAGCUACACCAUCUCCGUGUCUGCGGUGGGAAAGGGACGGGAGGGAAAGCCCGCGGUGCUCACAGCCAGAACCUUGGAUUUUCCCAAAGUGGCGGAAUUCACAGUGCAGGAGGCCACGGAUUCCAGCGUUUUGUUGUCCUGGGAUGCUGUUCCUGGAGCAUCCCUGUAUUUACUGACGUGGGGAUUGUCCUCAGCUCCCUCUCUUUCCCAGGAAUUGUUACCAGCAGCUUCCAGAUCGUUUCGAGUGAUGGGGCUGCGCUCCAAGGAAAUGUAUUUGUUUUCCAUAAAACCAAUGUUUGGAGACUCGGAGGGACCGGAGACAACGCUGCUGGGACAAACAGCAGGAGCUCCCGGGGAGUCACCGACCACUCCAGUGGUUCCUGCACCGUUGGAUACGGGGAAAUCUCCAUCGGGAUCUCCCAGCAAUGUGGGGACCACUCCUCUCCCAGUGCCCACCAGUACAAAGCUCCCAGAGCCCCCAGUAUGGACCAGCACGGUGUCGGCACCGCUGACAACCCUGCCUGGGCUGCUUUGUGGGAAGCUCAAAGCAGACGUUGGAUUCCUGGUGGAUGAAUCGUCCAGCAUAGGCCAGAGCAACUUCAAUAAAGUGAAGGAUUUCCUCUUCCGGAUUGUUUCCUAUUUCCCCAAGAUUGGACCUGAAGGGACACAGGUUGCUGUUGCUCAGUACAACGAGGAGCCCAGGGCAGCUUUUCACUUCAACCAACACCGCGACCGCAACGGAGCCCUCGGAGCCAUCAAAGGGCUGAGCUACACCGGAGGCAACACCAAAACAGGCCGUGCCAUAUCCUACGUGUUAAAGGAAUUAUUCCAGCCCUCCAGAGGGAUGAGACCGGGCUUUCCUCACAUCCUGGUGCUUGUGACCGAUGGACAAUCCCAGGACGACGUGCUGCCCCCAGCCAGAGCAGCCCAUGCUUUGGGGCUCCGUGUCAUUGCUGUGGGGGUGUCAGGAGCUGACCCCAUGGAGCUCCACAGGAUUUUGCUGCAGCAGAACCCCCAGAAUGUUUUCUACGUCAGCACCUUUGAUGACUUCCCCCAAAUCCUCCAAGAGCUGAUAGAUGCCAUUUGUUCUGAUCCUCAGCUUCCAGGAACCCAAAUCCCACCGGGAAAGGUGAGUUCCUACUCCUGGGAGUAAAUCCAGCUUGGAGUGGGUCAGGCACAAGGAAAAUCUUCUUCCCUGAGGGAACAAAGUAGACUCAGAGUGGAUUUCAGACAUCAUGUCCCAUCCUGUUUCUCUUUUCUGUUGAAGAGCUCCAGGGACUCAGCAGCUCACAGGGGUUAUGAGCCCCACAGCUUCACCACGAAGGGAGAGAAAGGGGAGCGGGGUCUCCCUGGGAAAGACGGCAUUCCUGGGCUGCCGGGCAGGCCAGGCCGGCCAGGUCCUCCAGGUCCCCCUGGAAUCAUGGGGCUCCCUGGCAGCCAAGGUGACAUUGGAUCUCCAGGCUAUCCAGGACCAGCAGGGCCAAAAGGAGACAGAGGAGAGCCAGGCUAUGUCCUGGGAGGAGUGGAGGUGAUUCCUGGCCGGAAUGGGCAGCCUGGCCCCGCUGGACAGAAGGGGCAGCCAGGAGUUCCUGGGGUUCCAGGACCACCAGGUUCUCCAGGGCCACCAGGAAUCUCCAUCAAGGGUGAACCAGGGAAUUCAGGAAUUAGGGGUCCCCGUGGGAGGAGUGGCCUCAAAGGAGACAGAGGAGACACGGGAGAGCCGGGAAAACCUGGUUUGCCAGGCCCUGUGGGGCUCCAUGGGGCUCCUGGACUGCCUGGACCACGGGGAGAAAAGGGAAUGGCGGGAAUUGGCAUUCCUGGCACUGCUGGCAUGAAGGGGGAGGAAGGAGAGCAGGGAACGAUGGGACCUCCAGGAGCACCGGGACCAAAGGGAAUUCCAGGACCUCCAGGGCAGAAGGGAGACCAAGUUUUGGGACCUCCAGGCAAGAAAGGUGUCAAGGGAGAUCCCGGACCAGCUGGACUGCGAGGAGACAAAGGAGUCCCGGGAGAAAAAGGGGAGAAGGGAAGUCCAGGAUUUGGAAUUCCUGGCCAGCCUGGGCUGAAGGGGGACAUCGGUGACAGGGGAAAUGUGGGAUUGUCUGGGAAGCCAGGCCAGAAGGGUCCUCCUGGACUUCCAGGACGACCUGGAGAGCAGGGAAUGAAAGGAGAUCCAGGAGAACCUGGAAAGGAUGGAGAUCCUGGGAAGGACGGCCUGAGAGGUGAAAGAGGACCCCCAGGUCCAAAGGGAGAACCAGGCCCGCCAGGAAAAGGAGUGGAAAUGAAGGACCUGGAGAAGCUUUUUGAGGCGUACGGGAUCAAGCUGGCGCUGCUGAGGGACCUCUCCAACGCGAUCCUGCGGGAUGGGCUGGAUGAGCUCCUGUGGCACCGGGGUGGCUCCAGGACGAGCAAAACUUCCAGGGAAAACCAGGCAGCCGUGCCUGUCACCGAUCCGCUGGUGUCCGACACUUCCCACCGUGUCCCGGCCGGCACCGAGGUGACAGGAGAAGGACAGAGCCUGGAGCUGGAGGCUCUGGAGGUGUCGCUGUCUGGAGGAUUCCCUGAGAUGGGAGCUCCUGGAGCCCGUGGAGACAAAGGAGAAAAGGGACAGCCUGGGGACGUGGGGGAGCCUGGAGAGAAGGGCACCAAAGGAGACCGAGGGGACGAAGGCCAAAAGGGAGAGCCAGGAAUUGGGUUCAGAGGUCCGGUUGGCCAGGCUGGGCCACCUGGAUUUAAGGGCGAGCCAGGGGCCCCGGGACCUCCAGGAGCUCAGGGCAUCCAAGGAAUUCGCGGCAACGCCGGCACUCCCGGAUCCCAGGGGGACAGAGGGGCUCCCGGUGUGCCUGGAAUUCCAGGACAGAAGGGGGAACGUGGGAGGAGAGGCCGGAGUGGAUUUCCUGGGCCCGUGGGGCCAUCGGGAUCCCCAGGAAAAGAGGGAAUUCCUGGGACCCCUGGAGCCAAAGGCAACAAGGGAGAAGCCGGCGUUGGAGCUGCUGGCCCGAGAGGUCCCCGUGGAUUCCCUGGCCCUCGGGGCGACGAGGGCAUCGUGGGAAUGCGGGGUCCUCCUGGAAUGAUGGGUCCAAAAGGCUUCCCGGGUGUGAAGGGCCAAAGAGGUGAUCGGGGACUUCUGGGACCAAAGGGAGAACGAGGUGAGUCCAUAACUAUUUUUGGACCCCAGGGCUACAAAGGCACCAAAGGAGAUCCCGGUGAGCAGGGACUGCCGGGUUUUGAUGGAGACAAAGGCGAGAAGGGAGAGGACGGACCCGUAGGAGAAAAGGGAAUCAAAGGAGAAGCUGGAGCCAAGGGAAUGAUGGGACUUUUUGGGAGCAGAGGACCCGUGGGACAGAAGGGGGAACCAGGAGAACCAAGCUCACCGGGAUCUUCCGGUGCAGCAGGAGUGGAUGGGAAGAACGGGAUCAAGGGAGCCAAAGGUGACAGAGGCCUUCAGGGACAGAAGGGGAAGCCGGGAGGGAAAGGUGACCCUGGGACCACCGGUGACACCGGGCAGAAAGGGACAAAGGGCUUGCGAGGGCUUCCAGGCCGGAUCGGCGCUCCCGGAGCCAAAGGUGCCAAGGGAGAAAUUGGCAGUCCUGGAAAACCAGGAAUUCCAGGAUCGAAUGGAGAACAUGGACCAAAGGGCGAACCAGGAGCGUCAGGGAAUGACGGCACCUCGGGAAUUCCUGGGGAGAAAGGAGAAAAGGGAGCCAAGGGAGUUCCUGGACUGGGAGGAUUCAAAGGACAAACGGGAUGGCCUGGGAAGCCUGGAGGGGCCGGAGCAGCUGGACCUCGAGGGCCGCAGGGCGAGCCAGGCCCACAGGGCCCACCAGGGAAAAGAGGGAGAUCCCAGCUCUGCCUGCAGGGGCCCCCGGGCGUGGAUGGGCCAAAAGGAGAAGUGGGGGAAAAUGGUCCGGCCGGGCAGAAAGGAGCCAAGGGAGAUCCGGGCCUUUCCGAGGAAGAGGUGAAGGAAGUGCUGAGGAGCGAAAUGAGAGGGAUUUGUGGUUGUGGAGGUGAGUUGGGAAGGAUGUCCAUGGAAAAGGGUCUGGACGCAGCUGAAGUCCACAGGCAGCUCCAAGGGUAUUCCCAGCCUCGGGAAUACGCCGGCAAUGGUGGAAAUUGGGAAGAAAAGCUCGGCACAACUCCCGGCAAGACCACGUUGGAGACUCCGGUGAAGCCCUUCAUGGAGCCACCUCCACUCCUUGCAGCCCCGUGCCUGCAGCCCAUGGAUGAGGGCUCCUGCCACCGCCAUUCCCUGCUCUGGUAUUUCCACGGCCCCACAAACUCCUGCCGGCCCUUCCUCUUCGGGGGCUGCCGAGGGAACAGCAACCGCUUCCCAUCCCGGCGGGAAUGCGAGCGGCGCUGCCGGAGCUACGCAGGCAGAGGGAAAUGA